CACAAUGGUUCCCCCCACCCCCAGGACCAAGUAGUUUAUCUUAUAUUUUCCAUUAAUCCUCUCUUAAUUUUCUUAAAGGCAAGGAAUUUAAUUUUAAUUUGUUCCACAGAAUUGAAAACAAAAAGUUAGGUAAUUUGCUUUAAAAUAUACAACAAAAAAAUUCUGUAGAAAUCCACACCAAAACUCAACUUGCACCUUUUUCAUCUGUGUCGUUAGUGUGUGUCAGGGUUAGAGGAUGAGAGGAGGAGAUGAGAAAGUUGAAAUUAGACUUCCGUUUCCAAGGGUGACGUAAGUAAUUAGGAUAAAUGUUUCCCCUGAAGACAGAGCUAGAAGAGGAUAUAUGAAGCUGUCUUUCAGGAAAGAGUGCACAGCGGCCACAUGGCCGUCAGCUCGGACCUGUACCACGUGGGCAUCAGCACGGACCGGUACCACGUGGGCAUCAGCACGGACUCGUACCACGUGGGCAUCAGCACGGACCCGUACCACGUGGGCAUCAGCACGGACCCGUACCACGUGGGCAUCAGCACGGACCCGUACCACGUGGGCAUCAGCACGGACCCGUACCACGUGGGCAUCAGCACGGACCCGUACCACGUGGGCAUCAGCACGGACCCGUGCCACGUGGGCAUCAGCACGGACCCGUACCACGUGGGCAUCAGCACGGACCCGUACCACGUGGGCAUCAGCACGGACCCGUACCACGUGGGCAUCAGCACGGACCCGUACCACGUGGGCAUCAGCACGGACCCGUACCACGUGGGCAUCAGCACGGACUGGUACCAUUUUUGUCUUGAGACAGUCAUCCUCAUCAGUGCUUUGGGAUGCAGGGAUCUAAAGUUAGCAUCCAGAGCCCACGCCAGCCGGGAUCCGACUGGAGUAAGAGAAGCUUUUCCACAGGAAAGGCACAACUCAAGGAAGACACAGAAAGCAGAUCUCUGCAUGACGGCAGCUCAACAAGUCAACUGAGGAAGGACAGAUUGUCAUUCAUUCAUCAGACCGGUGGGCCAAACAUCUGGAUGCUGAAAUGGACUGUCACUGAAGACAGGCGAUCGGGACUGCAGAUAGGAAGGAUCAUCUCAUCAACAGAUCCUCAUAAGGACGUUGGGGCUGUGAAGUUUGUGGAAUUGAUAAUUGCCUCCGUUGUAAAAGUUAAAUUGUAUACAAUUUUUAGCUUAGACAAAAAGGGGAAAUUGUUGCAGAAUGUUUGAUCACAUGGUGAAGUCGAGAUUGUGUUAUUUACUGAAAAAAACCUGUGUCUAGUUGUAGUGUGGCUUAGCCCUUAGCACACAGUUUCAAUCUCUCAGGCUGGCCUACAGAUGCACCCUUAGUACACACCUUUAAUUCCAAACAAUGAAAGUAGUUUGUAGAAGGAAGCAGCAAUGUUUGAAAGUGAUGUCUAAUUAGUGUGGCAGACAAGGUGACAAAUCACAGAAAGAUUUAACAGAAUAGGAUAUGCCCAACACAAGAAGAGAGAGGAAGGGGAAGCUACUUAAGAAAGCAGUGCAGAGAAAGAAAAAGAAGAGAAGUAGUUUUACUGGGAGGGUUUUACAGAGACAGAGUGAGGAGAGAACAAACUAGACACAGGGGAAGACAGAACAAGACAGGAUGAGCAGGAGCUAGAAGAUUAGAACAGAUUGUGAGAGUUAGUUUAAGGUCAAGCAGAGCAAUUCAGAAGAGGCCAAGGGAAAGAAGCCAGAUUAAAUCAGUCGAUCUGGAGAGGAGUUUCAGUCAGAACUCAAGCUCUGAGUUGAACCAGCCAGCCAGAGAUCAGAAAGAACAAGGAAGGCCCUGGGUUCGGUCCCCAGCUCUGAAAAAAAGAACCAAAAAAAAAAAAAAAAAAAAAAAAAAGAACAAGGAAGGGUAAGCUUAACUCAGCAAUAAGUGUCAGAGGCUGAAAACAGUCUAGGGGUAGAUAAGAUUGUACGGAGGGAGGCUGGAAGCUUCCAGGACUAGGCCUAGGCUAGCAGGCAGAGGCAGUAGGCCUCUGGGACAACAGUCACACUUCAUGUUCUUUGUUAGCAACUUCAUCAAGACAGGAUAGAAGUGAGAAGCCAACUCGAGGAGGACUUAAAGUUCUCAGUUGGCUGACAUGUUCUUUAAAGCCAUCAGGUUUUUGAAAAUGGCCCUGUGAUAGGGAGUUUCCGUAAUUCAUGAAUAUCCAUACAUUUUAUUUAUUGGUAAGAGGGUUUAGGGUUGUUUCUGUGUUUUGGUGGUUUGGGAGUUUGUUUGUUUUUGAGACAGGGUUUCUAUGUAGCUGUUGGCUGGCCUGGACCUCACUCUGUAGACCAGUCUGGCCUUAAACUCAGAGAUUCACCUGCUUCUGCCUCUAGAGUUCUGGAAUUAAAGGUGUGCACCACCAUGCCUGGCUGGUAGUAUGUUUUUAAAAUCUCAUUCUAGAUACAUUAGUGUUUGAUUUGUAAUUAUGAUUUCCACUCUCCAACUUGCUUUUUCUUUCUAAAUGGGGUCUUGAUAAGUAUGUUACUAACUUUUUAAUAUUUAUUUAUUAUAACUGUAGCUGUCUUAAUACACCCUAGAAGAGGGCAUCAGAUCCCAUUACAGAUGGU